AUGUCGUUGCUCGUGGUAUUGGGAAGGUUUACUGCCUUCGCCGAUGUGUUCCUCUCGGGUCUCGUCUGGGCCUGUGCCGCAGCUGCCUUUGCGCUCUUGCAGUUCUCCUCCGACCUCUCGUUGUUGAUCCUGGCGCGUGCUCUCCAGGGUUUUGCGGCAGCUGCUUUCACAGGGGCAUCGUCUGGGCUGCUUGCGACCGCAGCAAUCACCGAGAUAAGGUGGCUCUCGCCUGCCUUCCUACAGAGCACCGCCAUGGCGACAGCGCCCCUCAUCGCCGGCUAUUUGCACGACCAUUACAGCCCUGACGCCCUGUUUUACUUCGCCUAUGCCAUCAUUGCAUUCGAUAUGCUGUUGGUUUUGAUGGUUGCCAGUGUUACUCUCAUAAAUGGGACUGGCUCUACGGACGAGACAACCGGGCUUCUUGAGUCGGAAACACUACAAGGUGGCAGCUACGGUACGAUAGCUUCGGCAUCUGGGACUCACAGCAGGAGGUCCUCGCGGUCAAUCUCGCCCACAUCGAUACCUGCAGAAUUGAGCCAGCCUAACCCUUCCGGAGCGCUCACUGCUGCGGCCAUAUGGAACCGGCUCUCGGUUGCGCUGGGCGGAUAUCUUGUCGUUGGUCUUAUUGCCUCGGCACUACAGAGCGUCCUUCCGCUCUUCGUCCAGCGCCACUUUGACUGGUCGGUGCUCGAAAGCGGAUACAUGUUCGUUCCGCUCUCAGCCCCUGCUGCCGUUGCCGGGCUGCUCUCUGGCACUCUGGCCAAGCACGUGCCCAAGUCAACCCGGUUUCUCACCACCUCCGGCUUUUUGGCUCUUCUCCCUGCCUUCCUUUACUUGGGCCAACUCAAAGAUAACACCCAGCUUGUGCAGCAUGCAUUUCUCCUGACGCUUAGCGGCAUCUCUCUUGCCACUGGCCUCUGCGGAGACCCUUUGUCGAAGGAAAUCGCAAGUGUCUUGGGUUCUUCCACGCCUGACUCCUCGAGCGCCACAGCGCAGGCGACUGUCCUUCUCAGCGUUACAAACGCUUGGGGCAGCCUUGCCGGGCCGCUUUUUGCUGGCGCCGUUAGCUACCUCUGGGGCUGGCAGACCAUGACCAAGUCCCUGGCCGUACUUGCUGCCGCAACGGGCGUCACAUCCCUGCUGUUCCUCCAAGGCUGGAUUGGGAACCCGUUCCCUGAGACCCGGACUCGCCGCCUAGGACCGGCCUCCGACGAGGAGUCGGCGCCGUUCUUGGCGAAUGACCGUUCCAACGGCGGUCCCCACGAACAUGCGGAGGGCUACGGCAACAAGGAGGACCGCUACGCGCGGAGACAAGGCUCCGACGACGUAUCACCGCACACCCGCAGCGACGGAGACCGCAAGCCGCGCUCACAGCGCCGCCACUUCAGUGUCGACAACUUCUCCGUCGCCACCACCGCCGGCCCGGGCAGCAUCGACUCCUCCACCUCCUCCGUCCGCUUCCAAGCCUCCCUCGAAACCCCCCAUCCAGCAGCCUCAACAGCAACAAACCAGCAGCAGCACCUCCCGCCGACCAUCAGCCACCUCCACCACCACCACCACGGCCCCCGAACGACGAUACGUCAUGCGCGAAGCCCCCCACGCACCCGCAACGGACCCGCUGCUCGCCGCCGGCAGCCUGAUGGUGGCGGGUGGCGUGGGAGAUGGGGUACAGGGGGGAGGGGGCAUGCGGUGCAUGUUACGGAGGAGGUUGAGGGUGGGGGUUGGGGGGUGAGGGGUUUGAGGAGGUGGCGUCGAGGCGGUAUGUGGUGGUUGUGGUGGAGGGUGAGGAAUAUGAGGCGGAGUGAGGGAGGAAAGGGGGGGGAGGGGGGUUGUGGUGAUGAGGGUGGGGCUGGGGGGAGGUGCUAA